AUGAAGGCGUUUGUUCUAAGCCUUGAAUUAGGCGCGGGUGUGCCAUUGACCUCACAGCUUCUCUACUCUGCGGGAUCUACUGACGACACACGCCAAGCGCUGAUGCAUAUAGUACAUAGAUUCCCGGACGCACCGCUUCUCGGUCUCAGCUUCUCCCUUGGGGCAAAUGUUUUGACAAGAUAUGUAGCUGAAGAAGGCGAUCGGUGUCUCUUGAGAUCUGCAUGUGUCCUCGCAUGUCCUUGGGAUAUGAAAUUUAAUGGAGAUAGGCUCAACGCUGCCAUUCUCGGGAGACACCUCUGGUCUAAAGGAAUGGGGCGCAAUAUGCAAGCGCUCAUUAAGCAACAUAAAGACAUCCUACUCUCCAACCCGGACUCCCCAACUUACAAGGUCACACGGCGUGUGCUGAGCAUGCGCAACCCAGCCCUGAACGAACUAGACAACGUCUUUACCGCCGUGAUUGGGGGGACUUCACCGCCGUUUCCUUUCGAGGACGCCGCCUCGUAUUAUACCUGGGCAUCCUCGCAUAAAUGCCUUGACAAGAUCAGAAUACCUUUCCUCACAAUUAAUGCGUCGGACGAUCCGGUGGUUAAGCAGGUCCCGGAGGAGUGCAGCAACGGCCUGGUGGUGCUCGGUCUCACUCAGGGCGGUGGGCACCUGGGCUGGUUCCAGUCUGACGACUCGUUCGACGUUCGCUGGACGACGAAGCCGCUGCUCGAGUGGCUGCGCAUGUCUGGCGACUACCUUCUCGGAGAUCACGAGCGCAUGAAGUCAUCGUUGUACGUUGCGGACGAUGGCUUUUUGAGGGACGCGAAAAACCCCAGGUUGGGCUGCAAGGUGCUCGAGGUCAAAGAAAACUCAUUAAUAGACGGAAACGCGGGCCAGCAACAGGUUUUUCGAGGCCAAUUUCUGUAG